CGAGAACAAAAGCCACAACUGCCCCGUGGCCAACACCAGCAGCCAAACCUCCAGAACCCAAGUAAUCGACCUUGAUUUAUCCACCCUUUUGAAGCCAUUCCAGCACGCCUACUACGAGAGUCACGAUGAGGAAGUUCUUUCUAUAUUUUCGACGUACGAGACGUAGCCAGCGGGCGGUUUCGUCAAUCGGAGAGGAUCGGCCACGGCCCCCCGCGUCGAAUCAUCCCCUAUCGUCUCCAGCAAUUAUAGCGAUUACCCCAACAGAAAUACCGCAAGCUCUGCCGGGUACUUCUCCUCCACCUCCAGAGCCUGUUAUGUCGGAUGUUGCUCCUCCGCCUCCAGCUGAGCCGGUUCUGCCGGAUGCUUCUCCGCCAUCUCCAGAGCAGGCGGUUUUUCGUGUGUCCUCCGCGGGGGGAUCCGCAGCCGUGAUCCCACCCCCUGAUCUCCGGAUCUCAGCCGACUGGAAAGCUGCAUUCUUCAUCGCUAAAAAGAAGCUAUCCGAAGACGAAUGGAAACAGAUCAAUCCCGAGUCAUCGCCCAGCCAUAUCGUGGAUUCUCCGAUGAAGGCCGCAGAAGAUGCGAGACAGAAAAUGAAGGAAAAACAAUGGACCUAUACCGAUAGCAGAGGGAAGAAAGUCGUCGUACGAGACAAAGUCGAGAGGAUCUUAACAAGUAUCGAGACGUAUGGAAAAGUUGUCGAUACGGCGAUCCAGAGUAAUCCGGAAAUAUGUGCGCUGGUGUGGGGAGCUGCUCGCUUGAUUCUUCAGGUUGCUCUCAAUCACUUUCAGGCAUUGGAGAGCUUGGAAAAAGCAAUGGGGAUUAUCCUCCUAAAGAUGGCGGAUUGCGAGUUCUACGCAAAAAUCUAUGUCGAGUCCUUGCGGCAGACUACACUCAACUCCGACCAAAACAGUGCUGCGUUUCAGAAAAAAGUCGAGUCUGCUCUACCUGAGUUUUACUCCGCGGUGCUGGUAUUUUCUGUCAAGGCAAAGGCGUAUUUCCUUCCGAUGGGCUCCGCAAAGUUCACGAGCCCGUUGAAGCCGUUUUCAGUCUACUUUGCGGCCUUUGUCGAGGAUAUAGAUAAGAGCGAGCGAACGGUUCGAGAUUGCGCAGAUAUGGCAACGAUGGAAAAGAUCAAAGGCAACUCCGAGGAUCUUAAAAAGAUGCAAAAGCUUUUGAGCGAGCUGAAGACCCAGGUUGCUCCCUUGGAACGGAUAAACGACAUACACGAAGGUGUAAGCAAGCUCGUCCAACACCGCGAGACUGAGAUAGACGAAACUAUGGCACGGGACCUUCGCAAAUUUCGGCUCUGGAUCGCGGGCGCGGAUCCUGAACCGGAGUUCCGGAAAAUCGCGGAAUGUCGACAAGAAGGGACUUGUACCUGGAUUUUGCAAAGGAAAGAGUACAUUGACUGGCUGGAGGCUGCGGAGGUACGGCACCUUUUGAUAAAGGGAAAACCAGGCGCUGGGAAAUCGGUUCUCUCAACUUCCAUCCUCGAGAACAUGCAGAAGCUGGAUGGAGUGCAAGUUUUGUACUUCUUCUUCAAGAACGGCGACCCGAAGACCUCAACUACAGCUGAGAUGAUAGCGAGCAUCGUCGAUCAGCUUGUUAUGUCUACGAUCGCCUCUCGGGAGGUGAAGGAACGGUUGAUUGAGGUAUUGAAGAACGGGCAUAAUACCGACAACUCGUCCACAUUCAGAUCCGUUCCCAAACUUUGGGAACUGUUCACCAAUAUGCUCCAUGCCGUUCCGUUCAAAGUCAUAGUUCUCAUCGACGCGCUGGACGAAUGUAUCGAUUAUUCUCUUGUUACAAACCAUGUGGCUGCGGCGGUUAGUAGCGCAAGGUUCUUGGUAACCAGUCGUCCGGAGGAUCAGAUAUCUGUGGAGUUGGAAAAUGCCCCGGGCCUAUCUGUCGUCGAGAUGGACGUGAAAAGCGAUAUUCGCGACUUCAUCGCAAACGAAAUCACAGACGAUCAACUUUUGCAACAGUUCAAGGAGCCCAUCAUCUCAUCGGUUGGCCAGAACGCCGACGGGAUGUUUCGAUACGCCGCGCUCAUGCUCGAAGAGCUCAAGAUUUCAGACAAAAAAAAGAUCCCCGCCAGGCUCAAGAACAUGCCGAGAGGACUUAAUGGAAUGUACGAAUCCAUGUUGCUCCGUUUGGACCGGAGCCAACAUGCUGCAGAACUACGCCGAGAGGUAUUGAUGUGGGUUGCGAUGGCGAAGAGGCCAGUGACGGUAGACGAGAUGGCAUAUGCCUACGGGACCGAGGUUGGAGAGGAAGAAUUCGAUCCCAACGCUAUAAGACUCGCUGACCGUACACAAAUCCUGAAUGCCUGCGGCUCGUUGGUCGAGAUAUUUGAAGACACAAAGCUUCGAUUCACCCAUUUAUCCGUGAAAGAAUUCCUUCUUCAGUCUCCGCAAAAGUUACUCAACCAAAACGAGCGGAUAAAGUCCUGUUUGGUGGACCCCAUGGAAGCACAUGUGUUAAUUGCGGAAACAUGUGGUAGGGAAAACGUUCCAUUAUGCUGCAGAAUACCUAAGCCCUGAGAUUUAACCAUGAGUGCAGUCACCCAAAUUUCUUCAAAAGUUUUUCGUGGUAUAUUCGAUCGAUACGGCAACAAUCCGAUCGAAUUCUUGCCAUUCCGCUACUCUAUCGUCAACUGGCUACUGCAUGUUUCGGAACUCGCAGCGGAAGAGGACGUCAACCCGACUACAGAG